AUGGAAGUAUGCAUAUCAUCCUAUUAUAAUGGCUGCUUAUAUGUUAGAUCCAUGUUUUUAGAAGAAAAUAGGAAUACAGAUUUAGAGGUAACUGGAAAUUCUGAAUUUACAGCAUUUACUAACAAAUUGUUUGAUCAGGAGAAAUCUGUAACAUUGUUUAUUGAGCUAGUAAAAUUUCGCCAAAAAGCUUCACCAUAUGAUAAUGAAAUAAUUUGGAUGUCAUCAUCUACUCUUAGUCCUUCUGUGUGGUGGCAAUCAUGGCCAAGUUGUGAGCUUCAGCAAUUGGCUAUCAAAAUUUUUUUAAUUCCUACAUCAUCAGCAGCUGCAGAGAGAAAUUUUUCUACUUUUGGAUUUAUUCAUAGCAAAAUCCGAAAUCGAUUACGUAAUGAUCGCGUUAAAAAGUUGGUUUAUAUUUAUGGAAAUCUCCGGAUGUAUGAUGAGUUCAAAAAAAUAAAGUUAUGUAAUAAAGGCAAGAAAUUCACAAAGAAUAAAGAGGAUAAUAAUGAAGGAGGCAAUGAUAAUGACGAUGAUUUAUUGAAUUUUGAUGAUAGUAUUUUCGGAUUUGAAUCAAAUGUAAUAAAUUUGUUGUAA